AUGGAUGACGAUCUUUUCGUCGCUCUCGCGUGCCGCCUUAAUCGCGUUGGCCAUAACCUGCUUGGCGUCGGCGCUGAACACGGACGUGCGGGCGUACUUCCCCGAGCCGAAGUGCUCCGCCAUGGCGGCGUCGAUGUCCGUUGCAAAGAAGGCCUUUUCGUCGUCGCCCAGCAGGCUCAGCACGCGCUGGACGCCCUGCUCCUUCAUGAAGGCGCUCCACUCGGCGAUCGACGCUGCGUCCACCGUCUUCGACGGGAAGCCCGGCCGCGAGGACCCGAAGGCCAGCUCGUCGCGCGCGGAGACGCGGCAGAAGUUGUGCGCGGCACGCUCGGGGGUCGACAUUGCGCGCGGGGAAGGGUGGCGGCAGCGGAGGAGGCCGGAAGGUGUAGGAGGGGGAGUUGCUACGAUAGAGGGACGACGGAAAGGCAGUGA